CACUGUCUAAUAGUCUGUACCCAGCUUUCCACUGUGCAAACUCUAGAUUUCUCUCUAACAGGAUGAGGGACCAACUUGAAAGAACAGAAAUUAUAAAAUUUCCUGGUCAAGAUAAAGAUAGUUAAACAAAGAGAAGGAAAAAAAUAAAUGAUACAAAGAAUCACCACCAGAAGAGCAAUAUCAUGUUUCUUUCUUAUUACACAGAGACUUCCUAAAGUAAUGAAACCUAUUUCUUUUUAUUUCUCUGAUUUUUUUUUUUUUUUAAUUCCACUAAUACUUUCAUUCCCCUUCUUAAGCUACAGUUUUUACCAUCUUCUGAUCUCCACACAUCUUCUCAUCCCUUGAUUAUUUGUUUCCCCAGGGCUUUACUGGGUUUUAAUUACCUCUGCUUUAGGACUAUUACACAACUCACAAAACUUUAGUAACAUCCAUUCUCAUCAUGAACAGAUUAAUAAGUAAACUCAUAUAUCAACAGAAAUGAUAAGGCAUUAUUGGCUAAUUUCAACCAUGUGCUUUGGCACCACAGCAUAUAAAUAAGCAUGGAUUUACAGGUCCAGCAUCAGGCUUUUCUCACACUUGACUGUCCUUCCUCAGCCCACCAUGGAGGUCCUGGGAGGGACCACUAUUUUCUUGCUGGUAUGCAUCUCGUGCCUUCUAUUUGCCACAUGGAGAAGCAGAUCUCGAAAAGGGAAGGAGCCUCCUGGUCCCACUGCAUUGCCCCUUAUUGGAAACCUGCUCCAGAUAAACCCAUGGAAUUUGCCUGAAAGCAUAAAAGAGCUCAGUGAGAAGUAUGGUCCUGUCUUCACGCUGCAUUUGGGCCCACAAAAGGUUGUGGUGCUGUACGGCUAUGAUGUUGUAAAAGAAGCUCUGGUUGAUCAAGGAGAUGACUUCAGUGGAAGAGGCACUCUACCGCUGAUUAAAAAACUCUUCCAAGGCACAGGCAUUGUGACCAGCAAUGGGGAGACCUGGAGGCAGCUGAGACGAUUUGCACUCACCACCCUGCGGGAUUUUGGGAUGGGGAAAAAGGGCAUUGAGGAGCGAAUCCAGGAGGAAGCUCAUUUUCUGCUGGAGAGGCUCAAAAACACACAUGAGCGACCCCUCAACCCUAGCAGUUUCAUAAUCCAUGCUGUUUCCAACAUCAUCUGCUCCAUCGUGUUUGGGGACCGGUUUGACUACCAGGACAAGAAAUUUCUAGAUAUAAUUGAUUGGAUUGAGGAAAACAACAGGCUCCAGGCCUCUAUACAAACACAGUUCUAUAAUUUCUUCCCAACUCUCAUGGAUUAUUUACCUGGACCUCAUCAAACACUGAUUAAAAAUUUUGAAAAAGUUGAUAAAUUUACAACAGAUAUCGUAAUGGAACACCAAAAAACCCUGGAUCCCUCAUGUCCUCGAGAUUUUAUUGAUUCUUUUCUUAAUAAAAUGGAACAGGAGAAAGGGAAUGAUGACUCAAAAUUCACCAUUGAGACCUUGAGCAGGACCACACUCGACUUGUUCCUUGCAGGAACAGGGACCACAAGCAUCACAUUGAGAUUUGCAAUUCUGAUUCUCCAUAAAUAUCCAGAGAUAGUAGAGAAAAUGCAAAAGGAGAUUGAUUCCGUGAUUGGCCGAGACCGGAGCCCCCGCAUGUCAGAUCGGAGCCAGAUGCCCUUUACAGAUGCUGUGAUCCAUGAAGUCCAGAGAUACAUUGAUUUCCUUCCUAUUAACGUCCCACAUUCUGUGAUCAGAGACACCAAGUUCAGAGACUAUUUUAUCCCCAAGGACACUAUAAUAUUCCCUAUGCUGAGUUCUGUCCUACAUGAUAGCAAGGAAUUUCCAAACCCAGAAAAAUUUGACCCAGGACAUUUCUUGAAUGCAGACGGUACCUUUAAAAAGAGUGACCACUUCCUGCCAUUUUCUACAGGAAAACGCGUCUGUGCAGGAGAAGGUCUGGCCCGGAUGGAGAUAUUCAUAUUUUUGACAUCCAUCCUGCAGAACUUUACUUUGAAGCCUACUGUAGAUCACAAAGACAUUGACAUUAGCCCAAUAAUCACCAGUCUGGCAAAUAUGCCCCGAGACUAUGAGAUCUCUUUUGUUCCACGCUAGCCAAGUGAAGAGAGUUUGCAGCUCCCAAACUCAUGAGUGCUCUGGUUGAAUGACAGCCAUUCCCCAAUCUGCUGAGAAUUAAACACUCAGACCAUUUGGUAGAUACUUUAUGGAGAGAAGAGUGCUUAGAAAAUAAAAUAGUUUGGUGCUUUUAUAAUCACCACAGCCAGCUCUUAACAGAGUAGGCAAUCACACAGGGAAAGACACAGCUCCCUGUGCAAAAUUACAAAUUCUUUUCUGCAUCUACCUCACCCAGCUCAGGUUCCUGUCUGGCUCCUGCCAUGCCAGGCUGUCUUCACUAGUUCUCUGAGAGCCCUGCUGCUGCUGUCCCUAUCACCUGAGGGCUUCCAGCAAGAACAGAUGCUUGUACUUCAGGGUUUUUACAAACUCUGCUUGAAGUACCUCUCUUUGUACUUUCAGUUUGUUUUUAAUCUAUUUGUAAAGGCAAACAUAAAACAAUGAGGGGGUUUUUUUUGCUAGAUAAUGAUCAUCUAUUGUAUUCUUGCCCCAAUACUUACUGUCUACUGUGGUGGAGAUAGAGUUUAUCAAUGACUGGGCAGAUGGGUCAUCCUGUGUGUGAUUACAAUGAGGUUAUGUGAAAUUACAAUUUAUACUGCAAAAUAAAAAAGUAGUACACUGAAUUGUUGUUUUUCUGAUAUCCCAGAAUAUCUUUUAGUGAAAAAACAGUGUCCACAAAGCUUAUAAUCCAAAAUCUCUUUCAAGUGCUGUACACAUCUGACUGCUUCAUUUCACUCACUUACAUGAAAUGUAGUAUGGCUUGAAGAAUGAGCUGGCUAAUGACCUGUAAAUGUCCAUUCCCAAUAUGGGAUAAAGCUGCACUGACCCCACGGGAUCUAUCAGAACCCCAGCUGUGGUUACAGAGAUGUUCAUCGGGGGAAAAAGGAAAAAUUAAGUAAUACCAAGAUCCCCACAGUGCCUUUUCCUAGAUGAAUGCCAGCUUGCAUCUUCCCAAUAUUUUAUGAAGUACAUAAAGAUGACUACAGCAAUGUAACAAUCAGGAAAAAAAUCAUAAAUAGAGUUUAUAUGACUUUCCAAGCAUGUAUGAACAGAUCAAUGGCUGGUAUUUCUUGUCUCAAUCACAUUCCCAUCAAUGUAUAAUAUAGAGUGAUUACAGUGAAGACAGAGAGCUGAAGUGGGAAAAGACAGAACUGUAGUAUUACCACAAUGCCAUUAACUAUUUAUGUGAAACAGACAGAACUUGUCUUCUUUCAAAGAUUAAUAAGCUAGAUAUACUACACAUUACUAGCAUGGCAUUGCAGAGGCAAAAAGCCACAGAAGUAAGUCCUCUCACCAGAUAAAAAGAAGAAAGCACUGUACUUCCUCUAGCUGUGCCAUGACUAAAAUAGCAAAAACAAAUGAGGGAGCAGCUUUCUUGUUCCAGUUAUCUUCCUCCAUGCUGAAAAGUCAAGGAGGCAGCCAAUGCACAUCUGCAAAACAGCUUUAGCACCUGGAGACUCCACUAUGGUACAAAGUGGGCUUUGGGAUUAGAGAAGGGCUAAAGCCAUGUACCCUGAUUCUGAAGACUGUGGAAAUCUCCACAAAGUACUGCUCUGAAAUUUGAAUGACUUCAGAAUAACCUGUUAAGAGUGGCUGUGCAGAACUGUCUUAAGAUGCUGGAAAAAAAGAACUCUCCUUUGGAACUGAACUCAUCUGCUUCUGUAUUUGCCAGGGUGAUGUCCAUCCCCUGGUUUGCAGUUGCAGUCCAAGCCAUCAAGAACUACUUCAGCUCCAAAGUGGUUUACAGAUCACCCCCUGAACUCUCAUUUAUCAGCCUUCCCUUUUCUGUUUUCCUCCUGUUCCUCCCUUUAAGAACUCACUCUUUUCUUAGUUUAUUUUCUACCAGAAAAUGCUGCAAAGAACUGUGAGAUUUAAUCUCCUUCUGUAGCUCCUCUGGAAUUCUCCAAGUGAAACAUCUGAGCAGUAACCAAGUCGUGGUUUUGCUUCUGGACUGACUAUACAUUUCCCCAGUACAAUGUUUACACACACCUAUGUGUCUUCUGUGGUGCUACUUUCCAAGGACCUGCCAUCCUUGACAUGAUUUGGAUUCUACCAGUGAUACAGAGAUCCCUCAGGCAGGGAGGGUAGUAGUUACUGAGAGACACAACUGGAAACAUAGCUGUCAGCCUAACUGGCUGACAUUGUCACACAGCCCUCCAGCCAGCCAGGAAGCCCAUCUCUAAAAUUUCCUCUCAGAAAGAAAGUCAGCUGAGGGACAAGCCCCAUCUCUCAUUUUUGCUUCCUGGAGGUGGAAUACUCAAGAGUUUGUGAAGGAACUCACUAUUUCUUACCUUUCUUACCUGAAAACAGUAAGCACUUGGUGACAGUGCAUGGCUAGGAGGAUUUCCAUCAGAGUCCCUGGAGGUUUUUAUCCUUGUAGUUUUAAAAUGGCACUGUAUUUUGUAUACAGAAAAGCAACUCUUUCAACAGGAACAGGACAUGACCCGUACUGUGCCUUUCCUGCAGGAUCUGUUUUCCCUGCUGACACAUCAGCGCCUCCCUCUGUCCCUCUGCAGUCCUGCCAGAAAAGCUACUUCUGUUUCAAACCUAGGACUUUCAAAGUGAUGGUGAAAGCUCUCAACAGUAAUCUAUUUCACUCUAAUUUUUAAAGAGCACGAGGGAAAAGUGUCCAUGCUGACUCAUCAGUGGCUGUACGCAGCCUGACAGCACGGUGAUCUUUAUCACACUGGCACCUGACUAGACAUUCUUUUAAACACUUGAAGUUUGAACCAUUUCUUUCCUGCGCAUCAGUACUUGUACUGUCUUCAACUGCAACUCAUUCAAAAGCCAGCUUGAAUUACUUAAGGUGAAUAGGUACAGAAAACGUAUCCUUGGAGCAGGAGGAAUAUCUGUUCAGUACAAAGUGCUUUGCCAAAUCAGAAAUCUGAAACAUAGUUAACCUACCAGAGAAGCAGAUUGUUGUGCUAGGUAUGCCCCUUCAAAAACUACCAGAUCAAAAUUCACUGCUAAAGUAGAGACAAGGUCUGCUGAGUUAACUAAGCAUGGAAUAAAGUAGUACGUCUUGAAACUUCACCAGAGGUCCAGACAGUUGAAGAACAUAAUUGCAGGAAUACUUGAUACAGAAUUUAAAACAUGUUCUCUUCUAUCAUCCCAAGUAGCUUAAAGGCAUUUGUCUUUAUUAACAGACCCCUUUGAAAAAAAUAAAAAUAACAGCUUGUGCAAUCUUUGCAAUAGAAUUUGAGAUUCCAGAGAAAUAAAUGCAGCAAGUUUAUUGUAAAUUUGUACUUUGUCUCUCUAUUUCAAACAGAUAAAAGGGGAUACCAAAAUGAAGUGCUUUCAAUACCCCACCCAUGAAGUCUAAAGUUCCAGGUAUCUUCCCAAAACA